AUGGGCUUACUACAGAACGGAGAUGGCCAGCACCAGGGUCUCGGCCAGGAUUUCACGAAGCAGGUCAUCGCGUCCAUGGGCAAGGAGACGGACCCCAGACUCCGCCAGGUGCUGGCCUCCUUCAUCCAGCACAUCCACGACUUUGCCCGCGAGGUCGACCUCACGACGGAUGAGUGGAUGGCCGGCGUCAACUUGAUCAACUGGGCCGGCCAGAUGAGCAACGACCGCCGCAACGAGGGCCAGCUCCUCUGCGACGUCAUCGGUCUGGAAUCGCUCGUGGACGACAUCACGAACCGGGCGGCCACCGAGAACGGCGCCCCCGGGACGGCGACGGCGAUCCUGGGACCCUUCUGGCGCGCGGACACGCCCGUCCGCCCCAACGGCGAUACCAUCGUCCUCAAGUGCCCCGAGGACGGCGAGGUCGCCUUCAUGUACGGCCAGGUGACGUGCUCCAACACCGGGAAGCCUUUGGCCAACGCGUCUGUCGACGUGUGGCAGGCCUCCACAAACGGGUUGUACGAGCAGCAGGACGCGGACCAGCCGGAGCACAACCUGCGCGGCAAGUUCAUCACGGACGAGGAGGGCCGCUACGAGUUCUACUGCCUCCGGCCCACGCCUUACCCGGUCCCCGGCGACGGUCCGGCCGGGAAACUGCUGGAUAUGCUCCACCGCCAUCAUUACAGACCGGCCCACAUCCACUUCAUCGUCCAAUCGGAAGGGUUCAAGUCGGUGACGACGCAGGUCUUCGACGAGGACUCGGAAUACCUGAACGACGACUCCGUGUUUGCGGUGAAGGACGGGCUGACGGUGAAGUUUACGGAGAGAAAGGGCGACCCCAAGGCCGCCAAGGAGCUCGAGUACAACAUCAAGUUGGCCUCCGAGAAGUAG